AUGAAAUUCGGUCACUCAUUCAAGGAGGCCCUGCAAGGGGAGAGCUACCCUCAGCAUUGGGUAGACAAAGCCAUUCCGUACGGUCAGCUCAAGAAGCUCCUGGGCAAGGUGCGAGAAGAACUUACUCGCAACGGCUAUGACCCCGAUACUCUUCACAGGCUCUUGGCCGAUCACAACGCAGAGUACAGGCUAAGGGUAGAGAAUUCCCACAUCCUCCGCCCCAAACUGGUAGUCCGCCCCUCGGCCAGUACCAUUUGUCUACGAUCCGAUACGGUUCCGAAGCUCCUCACGGGAGGAGAGCUCAGCACGCCCGCCAGCGCACCUCCCAAGUCGUCGUCUGUACUGCUGGGAAAUCCCACCUCGUCACCCCCGAGUCUGGCGCAAGCCCAGGAUGCUGGAUGGGUUGAUAUUCCUCUGGACUCAGACGCAAAGUUCUUCAACAUCCUACAAACAGAUGUGGUCGAGCUAGACUCGCUGCAAACCCAAGAGCGUCAAUCUAUGAAUGACGGCAUACAGCUGCUUGGCGAUGAGAUUGCACGUCUGGCUCGGCCCCGCAAGGGAGUCAUUCAUAUAGCAAAAUCUGACCUCUACCGUUGGCGUGAGAUUUUUGAACUCUACCUGGCCGCCCAGGUAUUCUUCUCGACUGCCGAGACAGCCACGGGUCCGCGUGAUAGUGAGAAGGCGCGGAAGCAGCUUGUUUGGUUCCAGGAUGAGGUCAACAAACGACAGCUUUUACAAAAAUUCAAACUCAAGGCUAGCGCGGAAGCUUACACACAUUUCCUCGAACUCAACGCAACCCUCCUGAAAAAUUUCAAGUUCCAAGAGCUUAACCGAACAGCGGUUACCAAAAUCAUCAAGAAAUUCGAUAAACAGACGUCAUUGGGUGUGAAGGCAGAGUUCCCAAAAGCCAUGAGCUCUGCCCCCUUCAUCGUUGGGAGUAUUGCCAAAGACAUCUGCUCACAGAUGGCUUGCGAAGUGCUCAGCCGUGUUCCCCAAAUUGUGGAUUACACAUGCACAAUCUGUUACUCGAUCUGCUGGCUCCCCGUGCGACUGGACUGUGACCACAUGUUUUGCAUCCGGUGCAUGAUCAAGAUGCAAACCCGAGAAAAAGAGCUGUGCCCCCUCUGUCGGGCCAAAACCGUGCUAUCUGCGACUGAAGCCCACAUCGACUGGAAAUUGAUGUCCUAUAUGGAGAAGUGGUUUCCUAAGGAAACAAAAGAAAAACAGCGUUACAACGAACUAGAAAGACGCAGGGAAUUGUUGGGCGAGGCCUACGUUGAUACAAACGACGGGCCAUGCAUCGUGAUGUAGACGGUGUACCUUAUCUGCUUGGCUGGCUAUCUUGCCUUUAUGGGUUCCCCCUUAUCACUGAAUCUCAAUCAUGUUGAAAUUCCUUCGAGUUGGGUCACUCUGUGUUUCUACUUUACUAUUGAUGAUGAUUUGGACGUGAUACGCGUGGGAACUUGGUCGGCCAGUCAGCGCUUCACACAAAGCAAAUCAAUCCAAAUCUAGGGUCUGAUUUGAAUUAUUUUGGGAUAUUUUGAAGUCAGAUUUGCGUUGUU